CAGCUCCUGGACCAGCCCCGCAGCCCUUCGCAGACCGAAGCCAACAGCUGGAAAUCCGCAAGAGCGUGCCUUAAACGGAAACCAACUUUCUUCCACCCCACCCCCAACCCUAUUUGUUUUUUUCCACAACUUCCGCGUUUCUGGACAUUUGGCAUCUCUGGGCUCAGAAGCCAAGGCUCCUUCUUCAUUGGGAGACGUUGUGGCAGCCCGUGCGUAUGAUGCUAGAGGUAGAACCUCCCAGGAAAGCCCUGGGGAAACCCCAAUCUGCUUAAAACCUUCGGAAGACUGUCCUGCUUCGGACAGUUGUUGGAGGACUGGACCUGACGUGGCCAGAGCCUUGGGAUGACUUACAGCCCAGCUUCCCCUCAGGACUUGUACCGAAGCAGCCCCCCCACCCCAGAGCCUGACCUUGGGACCACCACAGAUGGGGCUGCUUCAGAGAGUGCCACCCUCAGUCCUGAAACUACCAGCUUUAAUGGCACCAAAAUUCCAGAUGUGGCCAGCAGUGGGGCCAACAUGGGGACAAUGUUACUGUCCUUCGGAAUCAUCACUGUGAUUGGCUUGGCUAUGGCGAUGGUUCUGUACAUCAGGAAAAGGAAGAGGCUGGAGAAGCUUCGUCACCAGCUUAUGCCCAUGUAUAACUUUGACCCCACGGAGGAGCAAGAUGAGCUGGAACAGGAGUUGUUGGAGCAUGGGAGAGAUGCGGCCUCUGCACAGGCCUCUCAGAACAAGAUUCUACUGACAAACCAGGGCCCAAUGCAGAGACCCAGCCGGCUGGUUUUCACUGAUGUGGCCAACGCCAUCAACGCUUGACUGGCAUCAACUCCAGUCUCGGGAUGCAGCUGGGGGCAAGGAGGACAGCACCCCUCACCGGCCAGCACUAACUCUAGUCAACUGAUGGGAGCCCAGAGCUGGCUUUGUUGGGAAGGUCUCCCAGUCAUUUCUAUUUCUAGCCCACACAGUGCUGCCUGACCUGGAAUUUAUAAAAUUCUGGUUGGACAUAAAAUUGGCAUCACAGCCCAGCACAGGGAGAGACAGUGUCCCCAUGAUAUAAGACAAAAAUGGCGCCUGAGGUGCCUGGGUCCUCUUUGCAGGAAGCAACAGCUGACUCCACAGUUCACUGGUUCUCUGUACCUCACUCUCUCUCUUUCUCUCCCCCCCUCCACCCUUUCCUCCCUAGGCUGCAAGAAAAUCACACCAGGCUAAUAUGUGGCUUAAACUGAUGAUCAAAGGAGUCGAAAUCUAUGAGCACAACAGACUAAAAUUUGGGCCAAGUUCAGUGGUCAGCUUUUGUGUGUGCAUGUGUGAGGCAGGGCUGGGGGGAGCUGAAACCUUUCUGUCCCCUACUAACAGUGUAUUCUCUAUUCAACAAAAGAUAAAGAAGAAAGGGUGAAGGGGGAGAGGGAGGGAUAAAAAUAGGAAGGAGAAAGGGAGACAUAGGGACGGAGAAGGAGAGAUGAAAUAUGGAAUAAUUAUAAGGGAAGAGAGGCAGGGAAGGAGAGAGAUGGGAAAAGACAGAAAUGGGAGAGAGAGAGAGAUUUAGGGAAAGCAAGGGAAGGAGAGUCUGGUCAGGCUCUCAUAAUCCUGACCCAUGUCUGGAAUCCCUGCAUGCUUGGUACAGCUACUUCCAUUUCUCAUGGAAAAGGUCACUGGUGAGUGUUUUUGGAGUUAAUGGGAGAGGGAAACCAGUGACUCAUGGAACAGCCUCCCCUCCGCACCCCUCACUCAGGCCUAUAUUCAAUAAGUUAGUAUGCCUCUUGGGGUUGCUUAAAAGGCCAACUACCCUAUGAAUAUAGAGCUGUAUUUUUGAAAGGCAAGAUAUUUUGGACCCUUACUUGUACCCCUGAGGAGUCAAAGAGGGAUUAAGAGAUGUGUGAAGCAAUCAAAGGUAUUCAGGACCAUCUACCCUGUAGACCCACCAUCCAACCCAUAGCAGGUGAACACUGCUGGGUUAGCAUCUGGACUAGGCUUGGCUUAGAGUAGAGAGGAUUUCUACCAGGGUCUAUCCCGACCACUUCAACUUAUCUAGCUGCAUCAUUAACAAAUGUCUGGUGUGUGUGUGUGUGUGUGUGUGUUUCCAUGCACAGGGGUGUCCUUUUGUGUUUGUGUGUGCGUGUUUCUAUGUAGAAGCACAUAUGCCUGUGCGUUUUUGUGUGUGAGUGUAUGAAUGCGUACAUAUCUGUCUGUAUGUCUGAAAGGCCAGAUCAGCCUUUUGUUGCUUUUUAAAUCUCCAAAGUAGACACUUAAUCCACCUAAAGUAGCUUUCCCCCAUGAUCCUGGUGGUGCUACCAGAGUAAGAUGGCUUCCUGACUCUGGGUGGGGUGGGAGUAAGCAGGUAGCUGCUUCCUGCCAUCUGAAUGGGUGCAGGAACUGGGCUUGGAGGCACCUGGAGGAGGUGGUAAGUAGGGGGGGGGGAAGCAGAGGCUGGCUCAGGUCUCAUCUCCAAAGGGCAAUGAUGACAUUCUGAUGAACCUUUCCCCUUCUCCCCUUCAUGGAACAAGAACACUCUUCUAAAGGCAAACAUGAUUACACCAUGUUCUUUGCCCGCCUUUCAGUAAAUACUGCCCUACCUGUAGCUACAGACCUUUAAAAUGGGGAGCCUCACACCUGACCAGGAUUGGGUGGGGUGAUGCUGAUAGCUUGGAGGGAGGGGGCAAAGGGAGGCCUUUGGAAAAAAAACCCCACAAGGCAUCUUGCCUGCUUAUUGAGAUGACCACAUUAUAGCCAGGCAUUCCACUCAGGGAGUAGAUACCCAAUUGAAUUCAACCAAUGCAAUUCAGAAAAUAUUCAUUAAACACCUGCUGCCCUGAAAAGCUCUAUGCUAGACCUUGGAAGCCAUACACAGUUUAUCCAAGACAGGGUCCUUGCCUUCCAUAAUGCUUAGGGUCUAGGAUGGGGAAAAGACAUAAACACAGAUAAUGAUAAUGCACAAUACUUUUUUUUAAAUAGUAUUUAAUUUUUUCCCAUUUACAUGUAAAGACAA